AUGACGACCACUGACCGCAUCUUAUCGAACAAGCACUCGCGACAAGCCUCCGCGCACGACCAGAUCUUGGAGGUGCUUUUGAGCCAGCUCGACGGGAGUCAGAUAGUGCCUGCAUUGUCCGGAUCCUAUGGCUCGCUCCGCACCAUCUCUACCAAAGGUAUCUCACUCCAGGGCCGAUCAUCUUAG